UACCCGUGCUAGGAGCCGGUGAUGCAUUCCGAUUUUUGGGCGGAGGUGCCGUAGUUGUUAGCGAAAGCUCCAUUACUUGCUUGAGCCAACUAUCGACGUCUUACGUCUAUUUCUAUUUCUUUCUUUGAAGAAUUUUGAAAGACUUUACACUACAAAAUGCGUGAAUGUAUCUCAGUUCAUGUUGGACAAGCUGGAGUCCAGAUUGGUAAUGCCUGCUGGGAAUUGUAUUGUCUGGAGCAUGGCAUCCAGCCUGAUGGCCAAAUGCCAUCUGACAAAACCAUUGGUGGGGGUGAUGACAGUUUCAACACCUUCUUUAGUGAAACUGGUGCAGGGAAACAUGUACCAAGAGCAGUCUUCAUUGACUUAGAACCCACAGUAGUUGAUGAAGUACGUACUGGUACCUAUCGUCAGCUGUUUCAUCCAGAACAACUGAUCACUGGCAAAGAAGAUGCAGCCAAUAACUACGCCCGUGGUCACUAUACAAUUGGAAAAGAAAUUGUAGACCUUGUCUUAGACAGAAUUCGUAAAUUGGCUGAUCAAUGUACUGGUCUUCAAGGAUUUCUUAUUUUCCACUCCUUUGGAGGUGGCACUGGUUCUGGAUUCACCUCUCUCUUGAUGGAACGACUUUCCGUAGACUAUGGCAAAAAAUCGAAGCUGGAAUUCGCAAUCUAUCCCGCUCCACAAGUUUCUACGGCAGUCGUUGAGCCAUACAAUUCAAUUCUGACCACGCAUACCACUCUUGAACAUUCCGACUGCGCAUUUAUGGUUGACAAUGAAGCCAUCUACGAUAUUUGUCGCCGUAACUUAGACAUUGAAAGACCUACUUACACUAAUUUAAAUCGAUUGAUCGGCCAAAUUGUAUCCUCCAUCACAGCUUCUCUGCGAUUCGACGGUGCACUGAACGUUGAUUUGACUGAAUUCCAAACAAAUUUAGUACCUUAUCCGAGGAUUCAUUUCCCUUUGGUAACGUACGCACCCGUCAUCUCCGCAGAGAAGGCAUAUCACGAACAGCUCUCUGUAUCAGAGAUUACGAACGCGUGUUUCGAGCCAGCUAAUCAGAUGGUGAAAUGCGAUCCUCGCCAUGGAAAAUAUAUGGCCUGCUGUAUGUUAUACAGAGGCGAUGUCGUACCCAAAGAUGUAAAUGCUGCGAUUGCCACCAUCAAAACAAAACGUACUAUUCAAUUUGUCGAUUGGUGUCCAACUGGAUUCAAAGUUGGUAUCAACUACCAGCCUCCGACUGUGGUCCCUGGUGGUGAUCUUGCUAAGGUACAGCGUGCCGUUUGCAUGUUGUCAAACACGACUGCUAUCGCGGAAGCCUGGGCCCGUCUUGACCAUAAAUUCGACCUUAUGUACGCUAAACGUGCAUUCGUUCAUUGGUAUGUCGGCGAAGGUAUGGAAGAAGGUGAAUUUUCCGAAGCUCGUGAAGAUCUUGCGGCUCUUGAAAAAGACUACGAGGAAGUCGGCAUGGAUUCCGCCGAAGGUGAAGGAGAAGGUGCCGAAGAAUACUAAAUAGCUCGAGUAUUUACAACUGUUUUGAUAUCUUUUUUUUUUUUUUGGUAAUAAAGAGACAGAUUGUCUUCAGCAA